ACAAAACCGAUCCGUGUGUCCCAAAAGACGGGCAUCCCGCUGGACGUCCUCCCCGCCAAAGGUCUGACCGCCAAGCAGGCGGAGCGCAUGACGAGGAUCAACGACUCGGACCUGCCUCGAGUCUCCACUCAGCAGCGCAGCAAAGACGAGAGCAAAGAGGAGAGGAAGGCGAGGAAACAGGCCAUCAAGGACGAGCGCAAGGAGCGGCGGAUGGAGAAGAAAGCCAACAAGAUGGCGUUCAAGGAGGAGAAAGUGCGACAGGAGAAGCAGAUGUUGAACUUGAAAACAAACAUUCAAGGCCUGAAGCUUUAGUGGCUUUAGUCGCCCGCAUAGACUUUUAUUUACCCGGCGUCACCAGCAGACACGCUGCUUUUCACGUCUGACAGACAAACCCAAACAGCAGGACGGACGCGGCGCCGAGAGGCUCCUCAAAUCAUCAGGAGAAAAAGUUUAACUCGACUCUAACCCUUUGAAACCUGGAUGGACGACAGUUUUCUUGUGCUGCGUUCAGAUAAAUGCUUUUUACAAGCAGUUUA